AUGCAGCGGGCCAUCCGGAAAGCCGCGGCUGCGACAAGGCGAGCGCUGUCGGCGGCGGCGAGGGCAUCGCCGCCGCCUCCCCGCGGCCCCCUCGCGCCUGGCUGGGGCGCCACUAGGUGGUUCUGCAGCGGGCGGGAGGCGCUGAGCUACGACGUGGUCAUCGUGGGCGCCGGGCCCGCGGGGCUCGCCGCGGCGAUCCGGCUAAAGCAGCUCUGCCGCGCCGCUGACGCCGACCUCUCCGUCUGCGUCCUGGAGAAGGGCUCCGAAGUCGGUGCUCAUGUCCUUUCGGGGAAUGUGUUUGAGCCCCGAGCCUUGGACGAGCUCAUUCCCAAGUGGAGGCAAGAGGAUUCUCCAAUCAGAGUUCCUGUCUCAUCUGACAAGUUCUGGCUGUUAACAAAGAACCAAGCAUGGACACUGCCAUCUCCAUUUGACAACAAAGGAAACUACGUGAUCAGCUUGAGCCAAUUGGUGCGAUGGAUGGCCACAAAAGCUGAAGAGUUGGGUGUUGAAGUAUAUCCAGGUUUUGCUGCUAGUGAGAUACUUUAUGAUGAAAAUCAAAUAGUUACAGGAGUCGCAACCAAUGAUGUUGGUAUUGCUAAGGAUGGUACCCAAAGGGAAACUUUCGAAGCUGGUGUAGAACUAAGAGGGCGAAUAACACUGCUUGCUGAGGGUUGCCGAGGUUCAUUAUCAGAGAAAAUAAUAAGAAAUCACAAGCUCAGAGAGAGAGGGCAAGGGCAACAUCAGACAUAUGCUCUUGGAAUUAAGGAGGUUUGGGAGAUUGAAGAAGGAAAGCACAAGCCAGGUUCUGUUAUUCAUACUGUUGGAUGGCCUUUGGACACUAAAACAUAUGGAGGAUCAUUCCUAUACCACCUUGAUGAUAGACAGUUAGCAAUUGGUCUGGUUGUUGCGUUGAAUUAUCGAAAUCCUUUCCUUAGUCCCUAUGAUGAAUUCCAGAAAUUUAAGCAGCACCCUGCUGUCAGAAAACUUUUGGAAGGUGGAACAGCUAUUCAGUAUGGUGCACGUACUCUCAAUGAAGGUGGUUUCCAGUCAAUACCAUAUCCAGUUUUCCCUGGAGGUGCAAUUAUUGGAUGUUCUGCAGGAUUUCUAAAUGUUCCAAAAAUAAAAGGAACCCAUACGGCUAUGAAAUCAGGUAUGCUUGCGGCGGAAGCAACUUUCAAGUCCCUUGUUGAAGGAUCUUCGAUGGAACUGUACUGGGAGAACCUCAAGAAGUCAUGGAUAUGGGAAGAACUUCAUAAAGCUAGGAAUUAUAGACCAGCAUUUGAAUAUGGAUUUAUUCCGGGCAUGGCUUUGUCUGCACUGGAACGCUACAUAUUCAAAGGGAAGUCACCUUAUACAUUGAAGCACGGGAGACCCGAUCAUGAAGCAACAGAUACGGCCAAUCUGCAUGUGCCUAUUCAAUAUCCUAAACCAGAUGGACAGAUAACAUUUGAUGUCCCAACAUCUUUAUACAGGAGCAAUACAAACCAUGAGCAUGAUCAGCCGCCUCAUCUCCACUUGAGGGAUCCUAUAAUACCCGAACGAGUAAAUGUUCCACUGUAUGCGGGGCCAGAAUCACGCUAUUGCCCAGCCCGGGUUUACGAAUAUGUCUCUGACGAAAAAGGUGACCCAAAGCUUCAAAUAAAUGCACAGAAUUGUCUUCAUUGCAAGGCUUGCGACAUCAAAGAUCCAAAGCAGAACAUCGAAUGGACUGUUCCAGAAGGUGGAGGUGGCCCUGGUUACACAGUAAUGUAG